UUUGGAUUCGCCCACUGUCGGUCACACUGGAUUUGAUUUUUUAUAUUUUUUAUUUAUAUUCGAGUUGGAAGAAAAUGAAUUGUUGUAUUUGUCAGUUUUCCGUACGCAAUCCAAAAAACAUAUAUGAAGAGACGAUUGGCAAGCCUCCGGUGCUGAUCAGUGAUCUGGUGCUGCAAUGUACAAAGGGUACAAGUUUUGCACUGAGCGAUGUGGGCACAACGAUAUGCAAAAAAUGUUGUGAGAAAUUAUCACGCUAUCACAAGUCCUUACAAAUUGCGCGAAAGCUGAGGCAGGAGAUACUUGAAUUAAUACGCAGUCCAUUCAUCAUCAAAGAUCUCAAGUCCGCAAUUUCACGCAACGAAAUCAAAUUGGAAGAUGCCGAAAAGUUCGAUGAUAGCGUCGAAGUGGUUGAGACUGUGGAUGCAGCUGACUUGGACGAUGGCACCGAUGAAGUGGUGUCCGUGAAGACGACCAUUGUAAAUGCCACUACAAUCUUGGUGGAAACGCAGCCACAAGCUUCUAAUGAAGAGGAGGAAGAGGAGCUCGCCGAAAAGAAUUCCGAUGGCGAGGAGGAGCAAUUUCACGCCGUAGACAUGGAUUUGGAUAUUGAAAAUGAAAUCAUUAUCAAUGAAGAGGUACCAGAAGCGGACAUCGAUGACGAAGAGGCCAAGCAAGAGGCUUCCGAUGACUUGGAUAUGUUUCGCGAAGAUGACAAGGAUAUGCUGAGCGAGUUUGAAGACCAACUGGAUGGCACAAUUGAAUACCUAAUCUCUGAUGCUGAAGAUCAAGAUAGUUCCGGUGACUACACGAUCAACAUACAAUGUCCCAGUUGCCCGGAACAAUUUAACAGUCGUCGCGCCUACAAUGCGCACACAAAACGUGAACAUUUCCCCGGUUAUGUGUGCGAUCAGUGUGGCAAAACUUUGCAGUCAUAUUCGGGCUUUAUCGGCCACCUGCAGAACCAUGAGCCUGUCAAGCAAUUCGAAUGCCCGCAUUGUGGCGAACGUUUCAGUCGCAAGUUUCGGCUGAAACAUCACAUGGCCUGGCACACGGGCGAAACGCCUUAUCAAUGUGAAGUCUGCUCAAAGCGCUUUGUGCACAAGGUUGCGCUCUACAAGCACAAAAUGAUCCAUGACAACGAGUCGAAGCGGCUGGAGUGUCAAGUGUGUGGCUUUAAGACACGCACGAAAGCGCAUCUCGAAAGGCACACAAGAUCGCACACGGGAGCGAAACCCUUCGCCUGCCCUGUGUGCAACAAGCGUUUCUCCCAGAUGUAUAACAUGAAGGCGCAUUUGCGAGAGCACGAGAAUCCGGGCAGCAAUCGACACCGUCGCUUCCAUUGUCCCAAAUGUACGCACACGUUCAUCAAUGAGCAAAACUAUUUAACCCAUUGCCAGCGCGAUGAUUGUACGCCAGUGUAGCCCACGAAUGAUGAUGAUUAUGACGACAACGGUGAUGAGCACUUUCCGAUUUUGAAUUUACGUAAAAUCUGUGUACAUAGCUAAACCAUAUACAAAAUAAUUAAGUUUUAAAGAUGAAGGAAAAAAUAAACGCAGUUUAAAUGUCCAUUUA